AUGAAGAGCACACCAACAUCACAAGGCGCCGUGCCCGUUCAUCUACCCGUGACCGACCCAACGGAAGGCUUCUUCAUGGAACGGUAUUGCACAAUCAUUGGGCCAUGGUUCGACAUGUUCGACAGCAAAGGCCACUGGUCGCACAUAGUCCCUCACCUUGCCUUGUCGAACAAAUCCUUGUUCCGCUCCAUUGUCGCAAGUUGCGCCAAACAGUACAGCUUAGUGGCCCGGGAGAGCUCGAUUUUCGCAUUGGACUACUACAACCACGCCUUGAAAGAAUUGACACAAGCGCUGGAUGAUCCAGAAGUCAUAGGAUCUGCGGCCGUUUUCGCAUCUUGCCUGCUGACGGGAUACUGUGAAAUGAUCGACUCCAGAAGUCUGGAUUGGCAGACUCAUCUUCGAGGCACUUUCUCGCUCUGCUCCACUCAGGGCUGGCACGGUCUGUCAGGAGGAGUGGCACAAUCGUGCUUCUGGGUCUACUGUCGGAUGGACCUUCUCGCGUCUCUGGCCCGAGCCGAGAAAACCAGCCUUAACCCAAGAUUGUGGCUGCCGGACGGCGCCUCUUUGGCGCCAUCAAGCCAGGAGCAGUCCUGGGACUCGGAUUCGUGGUCCAACCAGGUUGUUCUAUUCCUGGCACAUACUCAUAACCUUCUCUGCGAUGUGCGGAAGUCCUCCUAUGGCACGGCAGACCGGCUACGCCUUCUCGAAACAUGGACUGCAGUUUCAAAUGCUUUGCACAGACACGAAGCCUCUCGGCCCGCCACAUUCCAUCCCGUCGUCCAUUUACCGCCUUCAAGUACCACAAUGCCAUUUGAGAGGAUCGUAUAUGUGUCGGCAACUGCUUGUGCUGCAACACAAAUGCUUCAUCUGGCCUUUUUCCUUCUGAUACUCGCAUUCCCAGAUCAAAACGCGAUGGAGCGACAGGUUCGACUAACGUCGUACGCCGUCGCUCAGCAGGCUCUGACCCUGAGCCAAAGGAUCAUCGGCAACAGCAUCUCAAAUCGAUUGACGAUCGCAUGGGCCAAUGCAGUGCAGCUCCUGUUCACGGCAGGACUGAUUCUCGUAGCCGACAACGAAAGAACAGCACUCGUGGAAGUCUUGAAGGACAUCGGAUCAGCUACAGGCUGGAGCGUGCACGGCCAUAUCGAGUCUCUGAACAAGUGGUGGGCGUCAUCGGAUGACGGGGUCGGUCGAGAAGUUCCUCCUCUAGGGCGGAGGCUCGAUGGGCCGUGGAUGCUCCAACGUGUAGGGGAUAGUCUUCUGAGCCUGUCGGCUGAUAUCUUGGCUUAA